GCACAAAUCGAAGCGAAAAAAGAUGAUUAGGAAGCGGCAGAUCACCAAAGUUAACUAACUCAUCCAACUUCCCAAACCAACCCGUCCUAUAAAAACCCUCAUCAACACCGAUCCAAAGAACACAGCUCAAGCACACAAAUCCAAAGAACACAAACCGGCGGCAAUUCAGCUUCCUGAUCCAAGACCUCAUCAGGGACAGAGAGGCCUCUCGCGUUCGUUACCGAGGUGAGGUGAGGAGAGAAAUGGCGGCGGGAGCAGGAGCAGGAGCGUCGGCGCCCGUGGCGUGGCUCCUGGCGGCUGCCGUGGCGGCGGCGGCGCUGGCGGCCUCGGCGUCGGCGCAGUCCGGGUGCACGACCACGCUCAUCAGCCUGUACCCGUGCCUCAACUACAUCAGCGGCAACGUGUCGACGCCGCCGCCGUCGUGCUGCUCGCAGCUCGCCAGCGUCGUGCAGACCAGCCCGCAGUGCCUGUGCGCCGCGCUCAGCAGCGACUCGUCGUCCCUCGGUGGCGUCACCAUCGACAGGACGCGCGCGCUGCAGGCUGCAGCUGCCCCAGGCGUGCAGCGUCAAGACCCCGCCGGCGAGCAAGUGCAACUGAACUGGCAGUGGAUCGAAGGCGACGCCGACGGCGCCGUUCCUAACGUCCGGCGGCGCGUCAGUCCGGGGCGCGGUGAGCCUGGCGCUAGCAUUCGCGGCUGUCACCGUCUAUGCCAUAUCGGCCAUGUGACAGACUUGGCUCGUCUAUCUCUGUUACCCACGGCGUUUGGGGAUUCAGACGUGACACGUUCAGGAUUUAAUUUGGCGUAGAGGAUUUGGCGUCGCGUUUGUACUAUUGCUUGUAAUUGGUUGUCAGAGUAAAGAACAUUGUUUGUUUGUUUCUACAAGAUGUUCGUAAAUUUGUCCGCUAAUCCAUUGUUUGCAAAAUGUUAUGGGCAUUAAACCCAAAAAUAUAUCCAUUUUUAAACUUCUUUGAUUCA